AUGAAACUUAUUGGGCCUUAGCAGGCCCAUAUCUUGUUGCGUUCAAUUCAUCACCUGCUUGCAGUGAAAAUGUCAGCCAUGGCUGAACCUGAAGCGAACAACCAAGAUGAUGACUACAUGGGUGACCUUUCUAGGUUUCUUCCUUCCGAUUCUAUUCAACCUCCAAUUCCAAACACUUGUUCAAAAAAGAUUUCUGACAAGAAAGGUCCUUCAAUAAACUCUUCCAAGAGCCAGUUGAAAGCACUAAACUGGCAAGAACGGCGAAAAAUCGAAAGGGAAAGGAAGCAAAUACAAGAGGAUGAACAAACAUUAGCAAAAGUGGAAGCUCCAAUACCACAAUCCAACAUUGGGUUUAAGCUUCUCCAAAAUAUGGGUUAUACUCCAGGUUCUGCACUUGGCAAGGAGGGCUCAGGACGGGCUGAACCGGUUGGGAUUGAAAUUCGACGGUCACGAGCCGGUAUAGGCUUAGAGGAUCCUCAUAAGGAAAAGAAGAAAAGGGAGGAAAUCACGAUCCAUAUGAAAAGGAAGAAUGAGGAGGCUCUGAUGGAAGAAUUUGGAUCUAGGCAGAAAUUGCGGUGGAAGAGUAAGAGAGUUAUUGUUAAUUUUAAUAAGGCUAAGGCUGCUCUUGACCAAUUGGAGAAUCGGGAAAUUGUGGAGCCACCAAAGAACGAGGAUGAUGCUGAGGGUGAAGAUGAAGAAGAGGAGGAAGAAGAAAUAACAGAAGAGGACUUGCUCGAUGUUUUGAUGAAACUGAGGGACGAGUUCAAUUACUGCCUCUUCUGUGGAUGUAAAUAUGAAUCAAAUUCUGCUCUCUUGGAUAACUGCCCUGGAAUCAAUGAAGAUGAUCACUGAAUUUAACGUCUCUUAGUACAACAGAAACUAUCUUGUUUGCUCUUUUUGUCAAGCAAUCAUUGAUAACUGUAAAUGCAUAUAGGGAACCUUGUGCUGAAAAUUUGUUAGUGCAUCUAUCUAUAUAUCUCUCUUUGAGUUUAGUCAUCUCAAUUUGGUAAAUUAUGACUUUGUUAAUCUGUCAUUUGAUGCUGGAAAUGAACUAAUGCAGACAUCAUUUUCUUCCAGGAACGCAUUCUUUCAUAUAUUGGUCUUUCUAAUUCUAUGAGUGAUGAUUGGGAAUU